AUGGUCGAACCAGAAGUCAACCCGCAGAUAGCCAUUGGAGAUUUUAGACAGGGAGAAACAAGCAGCGAGUCAGAUGCCCAUAACCACAUAGAGAUCGUCUUCCGGCCUGAUACUGUACACCGUCGCAAAUCAUCCCUCGUCGCAACCGACGACCCAAGGAAUCGCCGCAGUGGAUCGGACGCCCAUGACAAAAACACAGCUUGUUUCGUGCACUCCUUGCUUAGCGGAGACUGGGCCGUACCAUACGAGUACCAAGAAGACGACAAAGCCGUCGCCGACGAGAACAUUAACAGGAAGCCAAUCGAGAUAGAACCUGGGAGCAAUGACAACGAAUCAAGGGAAUAUGAUCGAGUGGGCGUCGUCGAUUAUGCGAGCCGUCUGCCGGACCAGAGUGCGCCUACGGUGGUGCAUUCGCGACACUUGACAAAGGGGCAAUUAUCGGAUAUGGCGUGGAAUGUGCGCAAAUUAUCCAAACGCUUGGGCAGUGUCAAACUCAAACUUAAAGUCAAGGCGGUUGUUGUGGUGACAAAAGCGUGUGAUGAAUCAUUGAUCAAAUUGACAAGAGAUCUCACGAAAUGGCUGUUGUCGAAGGACAGAGAUACACUAUAUACCGUCUACGUCCAGGAGUCUUUCCAGAACCACCCAAACUUUGAUGGUGCGCGUCUGGUUGAUGAAGUUGACGAGCCCUCGGCGCGUGAUCGCUUGAGGUAUUGGAACGGCCACAUUGCGACGGAUCAUCCUCAGACAUUCGAUUUUGUCAUUACGCUUGGAGGAGACGGAACAGUCUUGUAUACAAGCUGGUUAUUCCAGCGUAUAGUACCGCCCGUGUUAUCGUUUUCUCUUGGAUCGCUCGGAUUCCUUACCAAGUUUGAUUUUUCGAAUUAUCAAGACACGAUCACAAAGUCCUUCCGGGAUGGGGUUGCCAUUAGUUUGAGAUUGAGGUUUGAGUGUACAGUGAUGCGGAGCAAUCCUCGACGACUCCCGGCUGUUGACGAGGAGGGGAAUAUCGUUAAGAAGGAUCUCGUUGAUGAAUUGGUCGGUGAAGAGAUUGGUGAUACAUUGACGCAUGUACCGGACAAAGAAUUCCAAAUUUUGAAUGAUAUUGUGGUUGACAGGGGACCUAAUCCAACAAUGUCCACGAUUGAAUUAUUCGGAGAUGACGAACACUUCACAACUGUUUUGGCAGACGGCGUGUGUGUAUCCACGCCAACAGGGUCAACUGCCUACAAUCUUGCGGCUGGUGGAGCUCUUUCGCAUCCUGAGAAUCCUGUCAUUUUGGUUACAGCCAUCUGUGCGCAUACACUAUCAUUCCGACCCAUCAUUCUACCAGACACCAUCGUCCUGAGAAUGGGUGUACCAUACGACGCUCGUACAACUUCAUGGGCCAGUUUUGAUGGACGAGAGAGAAUCGAGUUACACCCCGGUGACUACGUAACGGUGUCGGCUUCGCGUUACCCAUUUGCCAAUGUGAUGCCUGCCGGACGGCGCAGUGAGGAUUGGGUGCAGAGUAUAUCCAAGACCCUGAAUUGGAAUUCCAGACAGCGUCAAAAAACAUUCACAAAAUAG